UUAUUGUCGCUAAAACAAGGAGCGUGAAUGUAUUUAAGGGGAAACGCGAUACAUGAGGGAGCAGGGUAAUGGAGCGUGGAGUAUAAACACUGACAUGGACUAGUUAGGCCAAAUGGCCUGUUUCUGCGCUGUACUGUUUCGGUAAAUUAUUAUUAUUAAUUUAUACAAAUUUUGGAUGAUGGGGCUGUGAGAGUAAUCUCGUCAAUGCUGGGAAAUGCAAUGCAAUUUACACUUGUAUAGUGCCUUUCACGUCGGGAAGACAUUCCAAAGCGCUGGACGGCGCUGGAUAACGGAAAGCACACGGUCAGAGAGCCGUGUUUUGAGCUGUACCUUGAAAGAGAGCUGCGAGGGAGCAAACCGCCUGCUGGGGAGUGGAGUUCCAGAGAGUGGGCACCGAGCGAUUGAAAGUGGCUGUGGGCAUAGAGGGGGGAAGCGGAGUCAAAAGACCUGAUCCACACGUUUGUGUUUCCACGCAGAUAUCUUUGAUCCACAGAGGGAGGCAAUGAGUUUGUAAUGCACAGUGUCUGCUGCUGUGGGCCAUGGAGGACGAGUCUAUCUCAGGGAGUGAUCCAGAUGUGGAGUCGGAGGAUGUGGAAGAGGAAGAAGAGGAGAUGGAGGAUAACGAUGGCGAUGACGAAGAUGACUUGGAAGAAAACGAUGAAUCUGAGCCCGCAGCGUUCAGUUCGGAGCAUUCUCCACAGCCUGACACCAAGGGAUGGAAAUGUUCCACUUUAACUACCUCAUCACAGAAUGAAAAGAAGCGCCUUCGCACCGAGAAUGGCAAGAAGAGAAGGCCAUCAAAGCCUGGACACAUGAGGAGAAACAUCCGAAAAUUACUGCGGGAAGACCAGUUAGAGGCUGGCACCAAAACAGCUCAGCAGGAGGAGUUGGAGAGACUCAAACGGCUUGAACAGCAAAGGAAAGAAUUCACGUUACCAACAUUACCUUUUGAACUCCUACAAGAAACCAAUACUCAAACCUUUAAAAAAGAGCCUGACUGGAGGACUGAGGAGGAAACUGCACUGAAAAAGGAAGAAGAUUUACCAGCUGUACCCAGACUUCCAAAUCACGAAAUCAUCUGUGUGGACAUCAGCAGUGGGAGUGACGAGGACACAAAGGGAGCAGCACAUGUCUUAAAGAAUGAAGAUGUGAUUGAGUUGAGCUCAGGGGAUGAAGAUCAACUGCAUAUCCUCGACAGCGAAUCGAGCAAUGAGGAGGAACAGGACGUGAAUGAGGAGAGCAACGGAGCGCACGUCAAUGAUGCUUUGAAUCAACCGGAUGAUCUGGGUCGUGUCCUUGUUAAUUUAAACCACCCUCCAAAUGAGCAGGACAUAUUUCUGACAGACCAGCUAGCGAGAUCUGUCAAACCACACCAGGUCGGUGGGAUCCGGUUCCUGUAUGAUAAUCUGGUGGAGUCGCUGGAAAGGUUUAAAAAUAGCAGUGGAUUUGGCUGUAUUCUGGCCCACAGCAUGGGCCUCGGGAAAACCUUGCAGAUUGUCUCCUUCGUGGACAUAUUGCUUCGGUACACGGAAGCACACACUGUUCUUGCUAUUGUACCCGUGAACACCCUCCAGAAUUGGUUGGCCGAGUUUAACAUGUGGCUACCACCCGCAGAAGCACUUCCUGCAGAUUACAACUCAAACGAGAUUCAGCCGAGGGCUUUCAAAGUUCACAUCCUCAAUGACGAACACAAGACCACAACCGCCCGGGCUAAAGUGAUCAAUGACUGGUCUACAGACGGAGGGGUGAUGCUGAUGGGGUACGAGAUGUAUCGGCUGCUAUCGUUGAAAAAGUCGUUCGUUACAGGGAGGAGGAAGAAGACCAAGAAACCAGCCGGGCCUGUGAUCAUUGAUCUUGAUGAGGAGGACCGGCAGCAGGAAUUGCUGAAAGGCAUUGAGAAAGCACUUUCCAGGCCGGGGCCAGAUGUUGUUAUCUGUGAUGAAGGCCAUCGCAUAAAAAAUUGCCACGCCAGCACUUCUCAGGCUCUGAAGAGCAUCCGUUCGAGACGGCGAGUCGUGCUGACUGGAUACCCACUGCAGAACAACCUGAUGGAAUACUGGUGUAUGGUCGACUUUGUCCGGCCUGACUUUCUGGGCACAAGGCAGGAGUUCAGCAACAUGUUUGAGCGGCCGAUUCUGAACGGCCAGUGUGUGGACUCGACCCCGCAGGACAUUCGCCUGAUGCGAUACCGUAGUCAUGUGUUGCACAGUCUUCUUGAAGGAUUUGUACAGAGGCGCGGUCAUGAUGUCUUGAGAGGCCACCUGCCAAUAAAAGAGGAGCAUGUAAUUCUCGUCCGCCUCUCCUCCAUUCAGCGAGCGCUGUACACCGAGUUCAUGAAUCGCUUCCGAGACGCGGGGAACAGCGGCUGGCUGGGGCUCAACCCUCUGAAAGCCUUCUGUGUCUGCUGUAAGAUCUGGAACCAUCCCGAUGUGCUUUACGAAGCGCUGCAGAAGGAGAAUCUUGCGAACGACCCAGAUUUGGACCUGGAGGUGAAUGACCUUAGCGCCGGGACCCCAAACACACGAGCUCUGCCGAUCGGAGCCAAACGCAAACCCGAGAACAGCGCUGCAGCGGCCGGAGACGCCGUCAACAGCAAGUUUGUCCAGAACGUGGGGUUCAACCACUUCCAGGAGAAAGCCACGCAAGUCAUCACGUACGAGUGGGCUAAAGAAGUGCUGGCAAACUAUCAGCCUGGACUGUUGGAGAGCUCGGCCAAGAUGGUGCUGCUGUUUGAGCUGAUCGAGGAGAGUGUGAAGCUGCAGGACAAGAUUCUUGUAUUCAGCCAGAGUCUUUCCACGCUCUCGGUCAUUGAGGAAUUUCUCGGGAAGAGGCCGGUGCCUGGACUAGUGGACUUCGAAGGGCAGCCGCAAACCUGGAUCCGAAACAUCAACUAUUACAGACUGGAUGGAAGCACUUCAGCUAUGGAAAGGGAAAGGCUAAUCAGCCAGUUUAAUGACCCUCGCAACACUGCAGCCUCGCUCUUCCUACUAUCUACUCGGGCUGGUUGCUUGGGAAUCAAUCUGGUUGGUGCUAACCGUGUGGUGGUGUUCGACGCGUCCUGGAACCCGUGCCACGAUGCCCAGGCAGUGUGUCGCGUGUACCGAUACGGACAGAAGAAGCCUUGUCACAUCUACCGGCUGGUGUCUGACUACACACUGGAGAAGAAGAUCUACGAUCGACAAAUAUCGAAGCAGGGAAUGUCCGACCGUGUGAUUGAUGACCUGAACCCAGUGCUGAAUUUCACCAGGAAGGAGGUGGAGUCGCUCCUGCACUUUGUGGAGGAGGAACCCAACUUGUGUGACGCGCAGUUUGACGAAGAGCGAUUCUGUGACCCUGUGCUUCACGCAGCCUGCUUCAAACAUAAACACUUUGUCACCAAGGACCCGUUCCAACACGAGUCGCUGUUGAUGGACCGUAAGGAGUACAAACUUACAAAGGCAGAGAAGAAAGCAGCGAAGAAGAGUUAUGAGGAUGAGAAGCGAGCAUCGGUCCCAUACACACGACCGUCCUAUGCACAAUAUUACCCGGCCGGUGACCAGAGUCUUGCCAACAUCCCCAUCUUCAGCCAGCAACACUGGAGAGGUCCUCCAAAGGGACCAGAUGAAAAGCCCGUGGCCAGUGUACGACCCGUGCAGUCAACACCAAUUCCCAUGAUGCCUCGACAGUUUCCGGGGGGAAUGGUCAUCCCCAGUUCAGGAUUCAACCCCGGAUUCCCGCUCAGUCAUCUCCAGCGAGCUGGCGUUAUGAUGCAGAAAAUAGUCACUACAACAGAUAUCGUUAUUCCUGGCACCAAUACAUCAACAGAUGUCCAGGCGAGAAUCUGUGCGGGGGAAAGCAUCCACGUUAUCAGGGGAACAAAAGGGAUGUACAUUCGCACAAGCGAUGGUAGGAUCUUUGCUGUGCGUAUGGGCGCUAAACCAAAAGAAGCUGAGGGAAACCAUGCAGCUGCAUCAGGUUCUCAGGGAGCCGCUGCUAAUACAGAUGGUCACGGCGGGCACAGCUCCUCUUCACCCAAUCAGCCACAGGGAGGCCUUUCCCCAGAAGAGAUCGCUCGGCCGCUUUCCCCCGACAGCCCCGAGAUAAUAAAUGAGCUCCAGCGCUACGCCGAGGCAGCAGCAGCGAGAGAAUCCACCGACAAACCAGUGACUGUGACCGCACAGGGGGACCACGGGAAAACUCGACAGGGACAACCUACAGACCAGCUCUUGGGAAUGACCAGCUCCUUGACGUCAGCCCACGCACCCACCUUGAACAUGCCGACGACCAGCCGAUAUUCAGACUGGAAUUCUGGUGCGAUCGGGAUGGACAUGAGGGGCGGCAAGAGGAAAUCCUCUUCCCCUUCAUCGGACGAUCCUUCUAGAAAGCAACGGCAUUCUGCACUCGCCCAGAAUUACCCUCUUCCCUCUGGUUUCAAUUUGUCGCCUGUGGGCCUGAACCCAGAUCUGGCAGGACUCAACAGUACUUGUUCAACUCUCUUAAAUCCACUGCUUGCACAGAGCGGGAACCCUCUGUACGGCGCAGGGAAUCCCUAUUACACACUGCCCAGCUUACUGGGAGAUCCGCGCUUAAUGUUCCCUAUGACUACUGACCCACGUCUUGCUGCUAGCACCACCAACCCUGCCAUUCCUACCUCAGUGACAGGUACCAUAUCGCCCUUCAUGCUCAACUCGACAGUGCCAGGCAUGCUGCCCAGCUACUCACAUCAAUUCACCCAGUCGAUGGUGACUGAACCCCGGAUGUUUGCGCCUUUCCCAGUGCCCCUUCUCUCCAACAACCUGCCGGCCACCACAGGACCAGCCAACAUAGCCUUCAUGCCGUCCUCUUCCAGCUAUCAGGCUCCUGAGCUCCUCAGCACCUCGGCACUGCAGAUGGAACCUUCCGGGCUUUUGGACACUGGCGAUAGCUCAGACGACGACGAUGACGUGAUCGAGGUCACGAGCAGUAACUCGGGGUCGUAACCAAUCUGGAAUAGGGCUGCUAUCCAAAUUCUUAUUUUUUAAGAGAAAAAAAAACGUGUGACUCACCCGAAUUUUAUGGCCUGACCAACGUUGUAAAUGUUGCCUUUUUACAUUUUUUUAAGAGAAAAAAAAGUUAUUGGCAAAACCGAGCAGAGCCGGGCAAACUUGACUUGACUGUCCAUCUUUAUUUUUUGAAUAAACCAUCCAGUAGAAAUUUUUUCCGUUCCUUUUAAAAAAAAGAGAGAGAGAAGAGAGGGAAUCUGCCUUCAUUUUGACAGGAAAAAAAAACAACAAAAAUCUGGUUUAACGGGGCGGUGGAAUCAUUUAACGUUUCAGAAAAGAAAAUUUAUUUCUAGGGUCACAUAAAAUUUGACUGGUGCACGUUUUGGGGUGGGUGGGGGGGGGGGUGGUUUUAACAGAAAAAAAAAAGCGCUUCGGGUAACGGUUGUUAUGGCAGAGCAAACGGAACUUGAGAUUUUCAACGAGCCACGUGGCAGGAGGAGAAAGCAACAGCCCAUUUGCGACAGCUGGGGUAAAGGAAACCGUCGGUAGGUAAAUAGGCACUGAUGGCUUGCAGGACUGUCCAUCGGUUACUGGUCUAAGACGAGAGAGAGGUGCCAGUAAGAUGCUGCAUAUUUCGCUGUGUAGAUGUGCCACAGGCAGCCCCAAGCAUUGAACUCCCAACAGGAGGUCUGGAAUCUAGGCCUGAACUACAUUCAGAUUUGGGGAGCGUAGGGGGAUAAAUGGCAUGAUUUCAACUGAUCAGACCAGUUCUGGUAUGACCCGCCUUGUAGAGUCGCGUCUCUUUUUGGCUGAUGGAGAGAGAAGCUGCAGUGAUUGGAGAUUAUCACAGAUAGACCAACCAACCCACUUCUGGACAAUGGGGGGGGGGGAAUGGGGCCAUUAGAGAGAGUCGGGGAGUAUAACAAGAUUUUUCACGACAAUUACUACAGAGUACCACAAAUCUUAGCGUUUACCUGGAUUUUUUUUUGUUACGUUAAGGAAACUCUAAUACCUGUUUCGGUACAUUUCAGUUAUGGUUCAUGGGGAUCAGUUUUUUUUAACGGGAUGAUUUUAUGUGGCGCUGUUUUGCUGUUUUAAAUAUUAUGAUUUACUUCACUGGGUUGAAAAGUGCAGUAACUGAUGUUUUAUGUGAAAUACUUUGCUUCCCCUCCUCGAACCCAGCGGCAUAUUAAGGUCAGAAACUGACUUCCAACAUGCAAGUGCAGCGAAACCAUAACCUGACGCAUAUUUUAACUAAUAAUGGUUAUUAUUCUUGCAUUUGAUCAAUAUUGUCAAUUUGUCAGUAUUGUGCAUCUCAGCUGACGGUCUGUAGGGAAUGGCUUCAUUCAAGAGAAGCUCAGACGGUUUAUUUCCUGAGAUAUAAAAAUAAUAAUUUGGAUACAUUCUGGUCGGGUUCCCGUUUGAAAGGUUGUUUUUUUUUUUACACACUUUAAAGCUUUAAGCCAUGAUUUUUUGGGAAGAAAAUUCCUCAGUAACUUAUUUAUGAACUCAAAGAAAUAUUUAUUCUCGGUCUGGGCUUAGCUGAAUGCAGCCGGACGAGAAGAUCUUCCCCAGAGAAUUAGGAACCAUUAGGUGAUUAUUAACCAAAGUCAAACUGUUAAUUAGCGCCAGCUACAGUCAGAACCUGAACAAAGCCCAAUUGGUGACCAUUUUCUAAUGAUCCAGGAUGAAGCUCAUUUAUUUGUCCAUUAUGCUGUACUAUGAAAGAGUUUGGGCCUUCAUGGGAUUUCAGAUACUUUAGAAGUCUUUAAAUCUUAGACAAUGUUUUUCAAAGUUAGGUUUCACAUUCGUGUUAAGAAUUUUGUUGCCCAACCUUGUUGGGGAGUUGCUUUGCAGUACAAAGUUUUCCUUACUGUGUUUCCAAUGGCAUCUAGAGUAUGGUUCUUGCUCUGAAUACCAGCGGGUUUAGCAGCAGAGUUUAUGCUCCUGAGAUGCAGUGGCGAUCUCGGCAGUGACCUCUUUACUGCUCUAUCAUUUUCUGAGGCUGGAGUUUACCAACAAAGAUAUCAGAGGUUAAUAGGCUCUCUGGUUUGAGAUCUGGCACCCAUUCAGACUGCACUGGUUUGGAGUGUAGAAGAAAUUGCACUGAAUAAUACUGAGGUGAAGCACAUUGCAAGAUUAUUCCAGCGUGACUUUGCUAAUGUAAAGACAUUGUCGUGUCUAGAGGUAGAGGCUGAUGACUGAUUAACUCUAAUGAAAUUCAUAGGUCGCAUCUCUUUCUUUCCAAUUAGUAUGCACAAUCUUCUGUCCAAUUGUAUGCACAAUUUAAUGCAUCAUAUAAUCUGUGCUGCCUAUUGAGAGUGUCUGAUGCAUGAACAAAUGUAAGUUACAGGCUGUAAGUAUAAAUGGUGGAACUAAACUGGUCUUGUAAUGUCAUUUGCAAGGCAUCAAUUAAAUAAUUAGAGUUUGAUUGACCUAGUGGGUUAAGGCAUUGCUCAGCAGGAACCCAUAUAGACCAGAAGGUUAUAGAUUUGAUUUACAGUCUGUGCGUAGUGUUAGCUAAAGCAGCAGUUGUGACUAUUAUUGGCCUCAGUGUUGCUAGGCUGUGGAGGGCACAUAUCAGCCAGCAAUCGUACUGUCCAGUCGUUCCUACUACUAGACGAGGUAAAUGCCAAGUAAGAAAAGAUCAGUUGUGACACCUUUCAUAACCUGUUGACCUUCAUUGUCACGGGUGACAUGAAGGAUAGCCACCUGAGCAAGGACAGACAACGCUUGUAGAACUAUACCCUGGCAGUAAUCUGCUCCUUCGCGAGAGAAAUUGGAAAAAAAAACGAAAUGAAUGUGUCUCGGGAACAGUAGUUAGUGCCCCAUCACCCUCACUGAAGUGAUGCGAAUAGACUUAGACCUGCAGAUUCUUCAGUCGCUAAUCCUUGCUUUUUGAGCUGUACAGUAAGACCAAACUAAGCAUCCUGUGUGGUCUGCACCGGAGAGUAUUGGUUUCUAGGAGAUGGAAGCCUCACUACCCAGUGAUUGCCUUAGCGUAUUGUAUUCCGGCAACAAGAGCAGUUUUAUUCAUUGCCAUCUCUUACCACUCAGCACCCUACUUCGAUCUGCACAGAAUGUUUUUAAUGAUGUUUUUAAGAGUUUUCACGUUAACAACUUGAAUGUUUGUUGAGGCAGCGCACAGAAAUAGGACAAGCCAUUUGCUGGACAUUACAGAGCAGUGGAGAUUAGAUUAGUGUGUUCCAUUAAUCCCAGUGGCUCAGAGCAUCUCACCAAGUUGAUUGUACAAACUUGCAAUUGGUUCUGAGGUACAAUACUUGUAGACUUCUCCUAGGUAUGAAGGUCAGGGUGACUGUAGGGGAACCUGUGUUUUAUGGUCCUAUAGUUUUGUGCGUCAUUUAAGGAAACUACUGGUCAACUGUGCCUUAGGUGCCACAUUGCUUGCAGACAUUGAGGAACGGCAACACAUCUUUUGAAAGCCGGGCAUUUGCAUUGAAUUAUGCCAUAAUUUGUUUUGGUCCUCAUUGCAAUUCCAGGUUGAGCACUUGGAGACAUCCUUAGAGAUAUUUCAAGCCCGUCUUCCUGGCUGGGAAGGGGAAGUAACUGGGAUGAACACAUACACUUUGAAAACAAUUGAAGUCAAACCCAAGAAAUCCGAACCCGGUUUGCUCCUGUUGUGGAUGUAGUUUCCUCACUGUGUGUAGUGUCCAAACUGAGGCGAGUUUAAGAUAUUUUUCUAAUAAUUGUUCCUUUAGUUCCCGCACUGUUA